CGCAACUUGGAAUUUUUAAAAAAUAUUUUUAAGUGUUUAGUGGACACCCUUUUUAUUUUAAUGACUACAACUAACACGUCCGCCGGGGAUGUUCAGAUGCGUGACAUCCUCAACUUGCCGGUACAUGUCCAGCUGUGGUGGUUCGGGGGUUUAAGGAGGUGCAGCGGGCUGAUGCUCUCCUCCGUCUCCCUCCACACAGCCCGCGGAGCUGAGCCAUGGACGGAGGGGAGCUGCGGGCUGGACGCAUGCAGAGCUUCUCUAAGCUGCCUGUGUGGAUCAUAGAGCAUGUCUGGACUCACAAGAUGAUGGAUAUACAACAAGUUUUGGACCUGUCCAGCUGGCCAGAUGUGGACUCCCAACCUCUGAGUCUGGAAGACUCGUGGAGGCUGCGCGUCGUCUCUGCUCAGGUCUAUUCCAUCAUAAAGAGCAGGGACCUGGAGCACUUUGAGAGGGUGAUAGGGUUUCUGGAAACCACGUACCGACUUCUACCCAGACUGAUUCCUGCCAUCAAACACAUGAAGAUCAUGUUUGGCCUCAAGACCAUGGUCAUUAUGUGGAUGCUCAAAGAGGGCCGGGGAAUGGUUGACACCGUGUCAAAAAUUGGCCAGUUCUUCCCGAGCAAACUCCCCGAGUACCAAGACCAGUGUAGCCAACGAGAAAUGUUCCUCAUGAGGAAGAACCACCUGGACUUUAGGACUCUGGCGCAAACACUUGCUAUGGACAAAGACAAACUUGAACAUUACAUUAAGAAUGACAUGGACGAGCAGUAUGGGGAACGGUAUGCCCAGAAAGUCGAGGACAGGCUGCUGCAUUAUCUCCAUGAGCUGGAUGCUGUGUUACAAGGAGAUACCUACAUUGAUAAGAUCCUGAAGAAACAGAGCCCUGUGACUGAAGAGGAGAAGCUACUUUUAGAGGUGAUAAGCUCUGACUCCACCACCAUAGCUGCGACCCUGAAGAAGCUGCUGCACUGCGAUGCUGCUUCCUGUCGUCAGUCGUCGAUAUCUCGGUCGCCUCAACUCUUUAAGUCGGCUUUAAGCCAAACUAAUCCAGAUGUUCAUCCAGAGGAGGCUCCUCGCGACGUGUCCGAAGACGGCUUCAGUUUUUCGGACAGGAGCUCAGACGUUAGAGGACAUCAGCAACCAGAGGAGGAAGAUGAGGUGAACAAGAGAGCGGAGGAAGAGGGCAGUCAGGGAAGCAGCACAAGUGUUCAGGAGGCGGCCCCCACCCCUCAGUUCUGCUCCAAACACCAGCGAUGGGUGAAGAGCAUCCUGCGGGGAUGCUCGGAGGAGCUUCUCCUUCAGCCGAACGUUUCCUCAUCUCCCCUGCUCUUCCCGUCGUCGUCUUCUACUUCUUCAUCGCAGGACCUCACACCAUCUGACCUCAUCCCCUGUCCGUCCGAUCAGCCACCUUCGCAGACCCCCAGCCCUCCUCGGGCAGCAGUCCAAGCAUCCAGAACAGCAAAACCCAAAUACAGGCGCAGCUCCGGGUCACUCGGAUCCUCAGGCGACACCUCACAAGCACAAAUUCUGCCUCAGGCCUCGUCUGCUCGGGGCUCUCCGCUGCCUGCUCUGCUGUCACCGGUGGUCCGACUGGUGAACAUCGGCUCCUUCGGGACGAGCUGUAAACACCAGCAAGCAUCACCAAAGCAGCUUCUUCUGGCAGCUUCUUCCAGUUCGGAGAUGCUAAGUUCUCCACACCAUCACACCUCAGGAAACGUAAAAGACAAAAACAGUUCAUCUCGCUCUGCCUGGUGUCAAACCCCGACUGAACAGAGAAAGCUCAGACGGGUCUGCAGUACCAACAGACACAAGGAGGAUUUGGAGGCAUUUGCUCAAACCCCCCAGCAGCUUGUUCAGGACCCAAGUACCUCUCAGAUGGGUGUUCCAGCCACAGCCAGUGACAUCAGUGUCUCUGGACCUCCUCAGAAAGGUGCUCAGUCAGAGAGUUUGUUCUCCGCCUGUGCUGCCAAUCAAAUCACACCAUCUUCCAAGUCAUCUAAAAAAGUCGUCCCUCGGAGCUCUCUUCGCCAUCGUCAGCCACAAAAGAACAGCAGACCUCGAUCAGGAACCGCCCGGCGCUCCUCACGCUCCUCCUCUGCCGCAGGCAGGGACAAAACCAGCCGAGGCCUCAGAGCUCAGCUGAGGCUAUCGCUGCCCAGUCAGGGUGUGCUGCUGCACUCCAAGCUGCUACAACCCUACGUGAGUCUUACCAGGCUGAGCUCUGAGCAGUGUCACCUAUCGACCCGAAGGAAAGCCUCAGCCGGGCCGGAAGAGCCCGUGGAGCAAGGCAGCGACGGCGAGGAAAGGAGGAAGCAAGAGGAGGAAGACUCUUCCUUCGAUGUGAACGCUCUUUACUCCACUGAUUCCUCAAGCAGUGACGGAGAGGAGUCACCUGACCGUGACCCUGAUUAUAGACCUCACAUCAAAAAGAAAAGACUUCUGUUAGAGUAUGAAAAUGCGAGAGUGCUCAGUCACGGUGACAGCAGUUGAACUAAUUUCUCCUACUCGAGUACUCGAGUUUUUAGAGUAUUUUUAGAUGCCGCGUGAAGAUACAGCCAUCAGUGCUCUCUAAUGAUCUGUCUGUUCUUGUGAGCCAACACGGUUCCUCUACGCUAACUGAAUGUAGAUGUGCAAAACACAGAACAUAGAAUUGUUUUAAAUAGAUUUGUCUCCCUAUUAAAAUGUGAAGAAGGUAGCACUCAAACACGUUCAACUGAAAGGAAAGAAAAGCUUCUUGUAAACGUUUGUAUGGUGCAGCUUUAUUGUAGCAGGUGUGUAUCGAGUGUUCGGGUUUAUCAUAACAGGUCUCUGAUUAUAUAAUUGAGAAUAAACAACACAG